ACAUAAAAUUAUCAGAGGAAAAAAAGAAGGCAGCGAAUGAACAGAAAUUGCCCAAGAAGCCACACCAGGAAAUACAGGAAGACCAACAGGGCAAGGAAAACCGGAGGGAACCUGAGGUGCCUCCCAGAAUGCAGUUCCCAGAUUCCCCUCUGUUCCAGAUAUGGGGCAAAGGUUUAAUGGAGGACCAGCAAAUUGUAGCCCAGAAACUUUUCGAUAAGUAUGGGUACAAUGUUUACCUGAGUGAUCGCUUGCCUCUGGAAAGGCCCUUGAAGGAUACCAGGCCUCCCAGAUGUCGAGAGAAGAAAUAUUCGCAUGACCUCCCAACCCUUAGCGUGGUCCUUAUAUUCUUUAACGAGGCUACCUCCAUCCUCCUACGUGCAAUCACCAGCGUAAUUAACCGGACACCGUCUCACCUCCUGAAAGAAAUUAUCCUCAUUGAUGAUUUCAGUUCAAAUGAGGAACUUAAAGGUCCUUUGGAAGAACAUAUCAAAAAAUUCAACGACAAACAUCCUGGAUUGCUGAAGAUUGUGAGACACCAAGAAAGGAAAGGCCUCACAGAAGCUCGGAUUUCUGGCUGGAGAGCAUCUCUAGCAGACGUGGUGGCCAUUUUGGACGCGCAUAUUGAAGUCAACACUAACUGGGCUGAACCAAUCCUCUCUCGCAUCAAGGAGGAUCACACCGUUAUCAUAUCACCGGUGUUUGAUAACAUCCGUUUUGAUGACUUCCAACUCACUCAGUACGCCGAGGCUGCUGAUGGAUUUGACUGGGCUCUUUGGUGUCUCUACGAGCCCAUACCAAAAGACUGGUUUGCACUGAAAGACCAAACAGCACCAAUCCGGAGUCCUUCUAUUAUGGGAAUACUUGCCGCGAACAGAGAAUUUUUGGGAAAGAUUGGCGUUCUGGAUGGUGGAAUGCACAUUUAUGGAGGAGAAAAUGUGGAAUUAGGCCUCAGGGCUUGGCAAUGCGGCGGAAGUGUUGAGGUCUUGCCGUGUGCAAGGAUUGCACACUUGGAGCGAGCCCACAAGCCUUAUGUACAGGAUGUGUCCCUUGCUGUGAAGAGAAAUGCCUUACGUGUAGCCGAAGUGUGGAUGGAUGACUAUAAACACAUGGUCUACUAUGCCUGGAAUGUACCUCUUGAGAAUUCUGGGAUCGAUUACGGAGAUGUUUCUUCUAGAAAAGAACUGAGGAAGCGACUGAACUGCAAAAGCUUUGAUUGGUAUAUCAAAAAUGUCUACCCUAACUUGGUCCCUCAGGUGAACAUUGUAGGCUAUGGAACAAUGAAAAACAUGCUAAGUAAGGAAAACUGUAUAGAUCAAGGACCGGUCCCUGGGAAUACUCCCAUAUUGUACGCCUGCCAUGGAUACACCCCACAGCACAUGUUCUAUCACAGCACUGGAGAAUUCUUUGUGGGAGGUUUACAAUCUCGGCGCAACAGGGUUGACAGAUGCUUGACAGACCCUGGAGAAGGAAAGCUGCCAGUCAUCGAGAAAUGUGACAAAGCCCAGAGAAAAGGCCUACACAUGCACUGGGAUUUCACGCAAGGAUCGUCCGUAAUCAACAGGAAAACGAAACGGUGUCUUGAAAUUGCGAAGGAUCAUGGAUCCCCCUAUUAUAUGCUGGCUAUGCAAAAUUGCACAGGUCAAAAAUGGUUUAUUCAAAAUACCGUCAAACAAUGGGGGAAACAGCCGAAAGGCGGUGGGUAACUUUUUCUUCAGUUCAGAAAGGAAGCUGCAGGGUAGUAGAGACUAAUGGGAAUAGGCGGACUUUUUUUUCAGUUGGGAAUAAUUUGGAAGACCGUUACCUGAUUUUUGAUUUUGACGUGUGAUUAUUACAAAUGUUCUUCCACUUACGACCCCAAUUGA